AUGCCCUCAUUGCCACCCAGAGCCGCCCUCCGAGCGGGCAGGACAACCACGGCUCUCCUGCUGCGGCCUCAGUCGCACCUAUCCUUCUCUUCGUCUUCACGCACUCUCCUCCCCACCAGCUUCUCCAACACCAGCGGCAGCUUUGGUGGCCCUCUGCCCUCAUAUUUCCAGAAGCCCCGGCUGCCCGCCAACACCAUUGUGCGCUUUGUGCCGCAGCAGACAGCAUGGAUCGUCGAGCGAAUGGGCAAGUUCAGCCGCAUUCUGGAGCCCGGAUUGGCCAUCCUGGCGCCCGUCAUUGACCGGAUUGCAUACGUCAAGAGCUUGAAGGAGGUGGCAAUUGAAAUUCCUAGUCAGAGUGCCAUUACGGCGGACAAUGUGACGUUGGAGCUGGACGGUGUUUUGUUUACAAGAGUGUUUGAUGCGUACAAGGCCAGCUACGGCGUCGAAGAUGCCGAGUAUGCCAUCUCCCAGCUCGCCCAGACCACGAUGCGAUCCGAAAUCGGCCAGCUAACUCUCGAUCACGUCCUCAAGGAGCGUGCUGCUCUCAACACCAACAUUACCGCCGCAAUCAAUGAAGCCGCCCAAGCUUGGGGUGUCACUUGCCUUCGAUAUGAGAUUCGGGAUAUCCAUGCCCCUGGAGCUGUUGUGGAGGCCAUGCACCGCCAAGUCACCGCCGAGCGCUCCAAGCGUGCUGAGAUUCUCGAGUCCGAAGGUCAGCGACAGAGUGCCAUCAACAUUGCCGAGGGUAAGAAGCAGAGUGUCAUCCUCGCUUCCGAAGCUUUGCGUGCCGAGCGCAUCAACGAAGCAGAUGGUGAGGCUGAAGCUAUCCUGCUCAAGGCCAAGGCCACUGCCGAAGGUAUUGACGCCGUGGCUGCAAGCAUCCUCAAGGGCUCUCACGGAGCCCAGGGCGCCAUGAGCUUGACGGUGGCGGAGAAGUAUGUCGAGGCCUUCAGCAAGCUUGCCAAGGAGAGCACGGCUGUUGUGGUUCCUGGAAAUGUCGGCGACAUCAGCGGCAUGAUUGCCACUGGCCUCAAUGUCUACGGCAAAGUCAGCGAGGCUCAGGCAAAGGUCUUGGCCAAGCAACUCCUCCCAUCAUCUUCCGGUAGUGAGGCCGAGACCGCUACAGGGACACCUUCGGAAGAGUUUGCCAACGAAAACAAGGGCGGUGUAAAGGACAAGGUGCUGGAGAGCUUCAACCAGGUUGCCGAAAGGAAGUAA